AUGUCGAUGCCGGUGAAAGCGCCAGAUUCGGCGGAAACAAAGCGAUCUACAACUCUGAUUGCUAAUGGAAGCAAGCGACGACGGCUACGGUUUACACUGAUGUUUGAAGUUUGUAAUGCAACGAUAAGAGAAUGGAAGUCUGUGGCAGUUGUUCAGAUGCUGGAAAAGCAAAUGGGUCCUGAAUCGUUCCUUAGAAUUUUGCAAACUAUAGUUACUCAGGUUCAAGAUAAAGGAGAACUUGUUUCUGAUGGCUUGGUUAUUGGCAUUAUUGAUGAUGCAAUUAAGAAACCAUCAUGUCAGAAAGGUUUCAUUCUUGAUGGUUUUUCAAGAACUGUGGUCCAAGCACAUAAGGAAAGAAUUACUGCACGCUGGAUACACCCUCCCAGUGGCAGAACCUACCAUACAAAGUUUGAUCCUCCCAAGACUCCUGGUGUUGAUGAUUGUGAAGAGUUUUGUUACCAAUUUUUUGAUGCUAAGCAUCCUGCUAUUAACAGUGGAAGAGCUUUGGCAAGAGGAGUCCAGAUAUAUUAA